UGAUCGAAUAAGAAACGCGGCCAUAUUGAAAAGUUUACUGAAAAACAUUCGGUGCACGUGGAAAGUGAGGUGGCUUUACAAUUUAUUUGUGCCCUUUACUAACAUAUUUUGUGUGUUUUUUUCUUGUGAAACACUACCACAUCCUGACUUUUGGAUUUCUUCUAUCAAAAGACGUCAAUCAAGAUACACCAUUUUUUAUUGAGUACAGAAGAUAGUUUAUCCUGUAGACAAUCAGGUCCCUACCUAUUUGCUGAUAUUUUUGGCUGGAAUUAUUCCAACAGCGAAAGCGAACCAACAAUAUGCGCUGAGUGAGCCGGCCUUGUAAUUUAGAGUGCGCUUGUACGCCUGCGUUGCAUUCACUCCACGAAGAAUCGAAUAACGAAGGUAGCCAUGGAGCCAUGCUUGUAGUCGCCACGUGUUAACGAAGUGCCGGUAAACGGUCGACAGGAAGUGCGUUCAGUAUUGUCGGAAUUUUUUAGUGAAACAUAUUUUGUGGUGAUAGUUUUUACCUGUGAAACAAAAUAGAAUUAACUUCCCGCAUGUUUAGUUGUUUGAUUUUCGAGUGAACAAGAUCGCUUAAUUGGAUUUUUGAGGUUAUUCUUUCCAUGAUGGCUAGCCACUCUAAGGAAAAGGAGGAAAGGAUCUCGUUUUGUUGUUUGAAUCGUUCAAUCGUGGAUCUUUCAAGGAAUGGCACCUUUACGGACGCGUCAGGUGCUAGUUUGGGCAGGUCUACCACUGACAAUUCUCCUCACCUAUUUGUGGUUCAAAAAAAAAAGAACUGUACUACGAAGUGACCCAGGGAAAAAGGUUCAGAAACAGGAGACGAAAACACUAGAAGAAGAACUAAAAGAGGCUGAAGCGUCGGCCGAGGCGAAUCUUACGACACCUUCUAAGACAUUCUCGAGAUCGCUUUCUGGCGUUGAUACCGAUCCGAUUGACAUCGUGUUCCCACGGGAACUGAGGGCUAAAAAGCCCAGUCCAAUAAUCAUUUCUGACGAGGAUUUGGACUUGGAAAUCGAAAAGAUCAAAUCUAUGAAGUCAGAUCCGUAUAGUAAAAGAAGUAACAACAGUUUGAACGUAUCGCCUUUGAAGUCUACUGCUUCGAUUGUUAGCAUCGAAACUGUAGAGGAAGAAAGGACUUCGUCCGAAUCGGAAAAUUCCUCAGUUAAAACCGCCAUUGAUACCUCAGAAAAUAAAGAAAACUGCCAACAAACUGGUACUGAAAGUACUACACCUCCUUGUAGUAGUCCACCAUUUCCCGAAUUGUCUAGAGUAAGUUGUUCACCUAUAAACACACCAUCGUCUCAGGAAGGCGGGUGUGAUCAGGUAGAUAGUACUAGUGAAAUCCCAAAAGAGGUAGAAAUGACUAAAUCGAAGCGACGUUCAAAGACUCCACAGUCUAAAAAUUUGACAAAAAACCCCGAAAAAAUGACGGAGAGCAGAGCGGAAGAAACUGCAGCCAAUAUUGAUACAGAAUUGAAUGAAACGACAGUAGAGAAAAAGUUAAGUUCAUUACACCUGGAGACGAAACCCAGGUCACCGAAAAAUAACCAUCAUCAAGAAGAAUAUCACCGGACAAGUUGCGAGCGAGAUUCGGCGAAUCACAGUCCGGUCGAUCUUAUGCUGGCUAGUCCGUCCCUUAGUUCAAUUUCUGACAAUCACAGCGAGGGUUCUAGUGAUAGUGGAAAAGGUGGCAGUGAUGUAGUAACGCCUCCCCCCUCCAGGACACCUGCAUGCGAUGGAUCAGUGUCCGGGGAUGUCCCCUUGCACUCGAUAUACGAGUUCCUAAUACCUCAAAACCUCGUUGGUAGACUGAUUGGACGCCAAGGCACUUUUGUCACGCAGAUCAAGGAAAAGACCCGGGCUCAUAUUGUGAUCAAGAAGCACCCGGAUAAUCCCAAGUUGAAAGUGUGCCAAAUAGAAGGUACACAAUUGGAAAUUGACACGGCACUAGAAAUGAUAAGGGAUAAAUUUCCUGAAAAACGGUACCCCGAACUGACUCUAGAACAGGUUUCAUUUUUACCGCCCGUCUCAACAGUUCCUCUAAUACCUGAACAUUUAUGCUUAAAACUGAUAGAAGGAAUUAACAACGACACCAUAGUGAGUUGCAUGGUAGCACCUAACCACUUAUUCCUGCAACAGCCCACACAUCCCACCUUCCCCAACCUAUUGAUGCUCAGUAAUUGUCUAAACGCAUGUUAUGCGGAUGCCAGCUCACCCCUUCUGCCAAACCCCAUACCAGAAAACACCGUUUGUAUUGCACAAUCCUUGGGUGCGUGGUAUCGUGCGUUAGUUUUAUCGACCGAUCUGGAAAACGAAGUGUCUUAUGUGAAAUUUUUAGACUACGGUGGCUAUGUAAAUAUACCAAACAGUGAACUCAGGCAGAUCAGAGCCGAUUUCUUGUCACUUCCUUUUCAAGCGUCUGAAUGCGUUUUGGCAAACGUAAAGCCUAUUGGAGGUGAUGAUGCACUUUGGUUAGAUGAAGCUUAUACAUUGGUGGCUGAUCUUACGAAAGGAUCCAUUCUCUAUACGCAAGUGGUGGGAUUUGCCGACGAAAGGAUACCAUUAGUUCAUAUUUACAUCGUACUUGGCCCUCAGAGCGUCGUAUUUUUGAACGGCGAAUUAGUUAAUAGAGGUUUCGCAGAGUGGAUACCUAGCGAAGACUGUAAUAGUAUGAGUAACAGCAUUGCCGAUUCAUCGACAACAAUAGCGACUGAAGACCAGACGUUGGAAACGACGGCGUAAAGAAAAAGAAAAUUUAAAAAUUAAGCAUUUAACACAAAAAUGCAUAUUUUCUUACUGCGUGCAUUCAAAGAAGGACAUUAUCUAACCGAUUGUCAGUUCGAUAUGAUUCGAAGAAGCUGACGAAAAAAAAAACGUUUAUAAUAAUGAUGGUCAUAUGAACUAACCAGUCAUUCAGUUCACUCAUACAUACAAAUACACAUAUACAUGCUAUACAUACACACAUAUAUAUAUAUAUAAAUAUUUAACCAACCAGUUGCUCGCUCAUUACGUUUACUCAAAUAGAUACAUUUCAUCCCACCAACUCCAUUCGUCGGGCACAGCUUCGAAUAGGUAAUUUUUACCAGAUGGUAAAAAUUUUUGUGCGAAAAAAUGUUUUAAAUUUUGUUUUUUAUUUUUAAUGUCAAUAAUUCGCAGCCAAAAAAUAUUUUUUCAACAAUUAAAAUGUGGAUAAUAAGUAGCACUUAAAAGUUGAUUCUUUUAAACAAUGUAAUUAUACUAGCGUAGUGUUGUCCACCUACGUCACUUAUAUCAAUAUUUCUAUUCUACAACUACUAAAACUAAGCGGUUAGUGUUCGUUUUAUCUUGUGAUAUAAAUAUUUAUGAAUAGAUUCAUUGUUGAUGUGUGUAUUUUUUUUUUAGCAAUAAUUUUGGAGACCUAUCUUAAUACUAUUUUUAUUUUGUUAUUUGCUCAGGUUUUGGGAUAUUUAUCUCGCAGUUUGUCGUUCAUUUAUAAUAUUAUGACGGUCGUAGUUAUGUUUUUAUCCUGUAUUUUUUCUGUUGAUUAUUAUUCCCAGGACUUGUUUUGAAUUUGUUUUAAUUUUUUUUUUCAAAUCGCGCCGAAAAUUCUUUUUCUUUCGUUUAUUAUCGUAGUAUCAUCGUGUAAUUUUUUUGGUAUGUAGUAACAUUAAAUGAUUUAUCCCCAUUUGUAUAGUUGGGUAAUGUAAUAAUAUAGUUAUAUUUAAGUAUUUUAAUGGGAAACCUUAGUAUUAUUCUACGAAGCGCCGCGUAGACACUAAAAAUAAUUAAUUAUCAGUAACUAUUAUUAUUACUUACUUAUUUACAAAAGCGAUAAUGUAAAAUGUUUUGAUUUUGUAUUUUAAUGUAAAAAUUGGUCUAAAUGUUAAAUUCAGGUUUUGAAACACAGAUUUCUUUUUUUUUGUUCAUUAUCGUACGAAAUGUAUUUUAUAUGUAUAAUUAGAUAAAGGUUUGUCUGCUUAGCUUAGGUUUAUAUUGGUUUUGUACAGAGUGAUAAAGUGUAAAUCAUGUUUUUGACAGUAAUAUAUACUUAAGAAAGAAAA